AAUCGAGCUCUUGAUCCUCGGAAAUGGCGGCUUCUUCUCCGGCCACUCCAACCGCCGGGAAAUCUCUCUCUCUACCACCCCGCUGCUUAUCUUCCUCUUUGUUUUCGUCUUCUUCUUCUCUGCAUUUCCUCAAUCCCAAAUCUACGACCGAUGUUGUCCGCUCGGUGAGGUGCAGUGUCAGAAGCUUCGAGAGCCAAUCGGCGAAUCGAGCUCUCGAUUUCCUCUCCAAUGGCGAUCCGAUCAGCGUGAUUCAUCCGAAUUCUGCAUCCUCUAAUUCCGCCUCUCUGUCCAUGGCGGCUGCGUCCUCGUCGGAAUCCGCCACGAAGUGCGUGAAACGAGUUUGCCUCUUCUACUGCGACGAGACUAAGGAUCUCGCCGAGAGAAUCGCUGCCCAGUCCGAUUUCAUUGAGCUACGACGCAUCAAUUGGAAGAAAUUUGAAGAUGGAUUUCCCAAUUUGUUCAUACACAAUGCACAAGGCAUUCGUGGACAACACGUCGCCUUCCUGGCUUCGUUUAGUUCACCCGCCGUGAUCUUUGAACAGCUCUCGGUUAUCUAUGCAUUGCCUAAGCUCUUCCUUUCUUCGUUCACACUCGUUCUUCCGUUCUUCCCAACCGGAACUUCGGAGAGAAUGGAAGAUGAAGGAGAUGUCGCCACCGCAUUCACUCUUGCAAGGAUCCUUUCAAACAUACCUAUUUCAAGAGGAGGUCCUACUAGCUUAGUGACCUUUGAUAUACAUGCUUUGCAGGAAAGGUUCUACUUUGGCGAUAAUAUACUGCCGUGCUUCGAAAGCGGUAUACCAUUGCUUAAAAACAGACUCCAGCAACUACCCGAUUCUGAUAAUAUAUCUAUAGCAUUCCCGGAUGACGGUGCAUGGAAACGUUUUCAUAAACAACUCCAACAUUUCCCCACGAUUGUUUGCAAUAAAGUUAGGAUAGGAGAUAAGCGAAUAGUCCGCGUUAAAGAGGGAGACGCCGAAGGACGUCAUGUCGUGAUUGUCGACGAUUUGGUUCAGUCGGGCGGAACGCUACUCGAAUGCCAGAAAGUAUUAGCUGCACAUGGAGCCGCGAGAAUAAGCGCGUACGUAACGCACGGGAUAUUCCCAAAGAGUUCAUGGAAACGUUUCAAGCAUGCGAAUGGAGGGGAUCCGGCCGAAGGGCUUACGUAUUUCUGGAUAACGGAUUCGUGCGCGUUAACCGUGAAGGAAGUGAUGAACAAACCUCCUUUCGAAGUUCUCACCCUCGCUGGAUCCAUCGCUUCCGCCUUGCAGGUCUAACCUUCAUUGUUAUUGUUUUUCCCAUUUCUAUUUCCUUUUUCGAAUUUUGAUUUCACGUGCCAUUUGAAUCCUUCUUGUACAGUUCGAAAGCCUCACUGUUCUUGGCAUAAAUAUUAUCACUGUUCUGUGUUCGGGUUGUACACUUUAAAAUAAGAUCUCCACACUCUUAUCCUUGUAGCGUAAUUGUAACUUUUUUUUUGUA